AUGGCAGCAACCAAAUCAACAACAAAUACUACAAGCCAUACUACAACCCGAUCCUCAAAGUUACCAGUUCGACGUACAUCAGCAUCUACAGCCGGUAUUGUCUCCUCAAUGACUACUGCAAUGCCAACCAAUACAAAUCGGCAUUCUUUGCCUGCUUUGGCAGAGAAUACCAGGCGCACUGCACAAGUUACAAGAAAUGUGCAAUGCACACAUUUGACUACCACGCGACUCUUCACCAAAGAGUUUCGAUGUGGCAUUUGCUUUCGAGAAGGUUCGUUUGGCUGGGUUUGGAGAUGUACUCAGGAUCGGGAACUUAUGUUAGAGGAUGAUAUGGAUCAUGGACACGCAGAUGGUUCAUUGACAUUGAUGAAGAGUCAAGAGAAACUCGAUGAUCUUUGCGAUAUUUUCCCAAGACCAACUUCUCCUCGACCACGUGGACCAGAGGCACGUAGAUCAAGAUUCAGUUUCUUCGACGAAAUCAGCAGCAAAGACCUCAAAACUUAUUCACCCUCACAGAUCCAGACAAUUCUCCAACAACGUAGUCAUCUUCAUGAUGUACUUGCCAAUUCUGAGGAGCCUGACCUUACACCAUCGAACUCUUCCAGUAACAUCCCACGAUUUUUGUUCAAUCCUUUUUCCCGCCCAUCUCCAAUCACCUCGCAAACAGUGCCAAAUUUGAGAGUUACUAAUCCACGCCCAUGGUUGCCAUCAAGAGGUACAGAGUGUCAGUUCAAAUGCUGUCAUACUUGCCGACCCACACUCCUUGAUCGCAGCUAUCUUAGUCUCAAUGCCAUUGCAGAUGAUGACUUACCCUGUACCGCCACCACUGGAUUUGGAUUCAAUUUACAAAAGUUUAGACCAGUGGCCAAUGUUGAUGUUGUUAAACAUUUGGGAUUGAGACCAAAUCCAGUUCCUGCUGAACCAAAUAGACCACGAUCCCGAAACUUGCGAUCUCAACGACGAGCAACUGAUCUUGGUCUUGGUAUCUUGACUGAUCGAUCGACUAACACAUCCAACUCCAACAAUAUGAACACCAAUUCUUCACCUCCUCCAACAAAUUCCUGUAACUCUGUACCUCAAGUUCCUACACCUUACCAUCGAUCAAAUUUCUUCUCCGAGCCCCCUUCUUCUACCACUGGAUCAUUCCCAUCCUCUUCUUCUGACAGUACUUCAACAUCUGAUGAAUCCAGUUCUUAUCAUCUCCCUUACGUUGGAAGAUCGGCCCCUGUCUACCACUCAAACAAUAGCACCAAUCCAUCCAGAACAAAGGGUUCCAACAUCGUUCAAAAUCAUGCAGUACUCAUUCCCCUUCCUGCACAAAAUCCAUCCGAAGUCUCACUUCUAGCCACACCUACCACACCUACUUUAAUGGAAGCCACCGAGUCCGAUGGUCACUUCUUCGGCGCAGAACCAUUGGAGGUAGAGGAUGGAGUUGCGGUUAUGGAGGAGGGUGUUGGUUUACACGUUCCAGAUGUUUUGAUUACACAAUAUUAAAACAAAGACCUGAAGGAGUAAAUUCAGGGAAAUGGUGGCGGAAGUGGUAAUGUAGCUAGAUGGACAACGAAAUAGGGAUUUCGAUUUGGGGUUUCUACAGUGCGGUCAAAACGAAUAACAUGAUCACGAACAGGAUGAAAGUCGAUUGGCUACGGUAUGGGCUUCGCUGCACUGAUUUGCAAUUGCACCAUCAAAGAACGGAUUGGAUUUCUGUUAUGAAAUUGGGUUUUGCUGUAUGCAAUGGAGUACGACAGCGAUGAACGGUACAAAGACUUGUAUGGAGUAUAAUAUGAGGGACUGGAUCCUUACACUAUAAGACGAAGUCAAUAUAACUUGAUGCGAAGGGAAAUGAUACAAGAACGAUAACACGAAGGAUAUAAACGAAACUUGCAUGGGGUAUAAUGAUAGGGUGUGUAGGAAAGGGCACAGCGAAUGAUAUUGCAGGAAGGAAUCGAGAGUUUUCGAGAUCCUAGGGAUAACCACUAUCAAUAUGGUGCGAGCAGAAGUGGUAUUUGGUAUGGAUAUGUACACAUCGCAGGUCUACAUGCACGUUUAGAUUUCAACAGUACCUAGGUACCUAUGUAGUUUCAAACUUCCACUAGCUAGCUAAAUACACAGGUAGAUAGAUGGAUAGAUAGAUGGUCAUCUUGUC